AUUCAUACCUGGAUGUUCAUAUCAUCCAACAUUAUUAGCGACCUUACGUGGCGUAGACUAUUUCCUAAGAAAACUAUCUUCAAAUAGUGAAAAAUGCUGAAAUUGGCAUUAUUUGGGGUAAUUUUAUUAAUUGUGCAAUAUUCACAUUUAAGUUCCGGAUAUUUCGUUACCGUGGAUGCCCAUUCGGAGGAAUGUUUUUUCGAUAGAGCCGAGUCCGGUUCCAAAUUAGGUUUAAUGUUCGAAACGGUCGAGGGUGGCUUCUUGGAUAUCGAAGUUCGUAUAACUGGACCGGAUGAGAAAGUUGUUUACCAGGGUGAAAAAGAGUCUUCUGGAAAAUAUACUUUCUCCGCUUACGAGAGCGGCCUUUAUCAUUACUGUUUUAGCAACAAAAUGUCAACGUUAACGCCAAAGGUGGUGAUGUUUUCAAUGGAAAUUGGAGAUGCUCCCAAGGGAACCAUCGGUGCAGUGAAUGAAGGUGAAGCCGGACACACGAAACUGGAAGAUAUGAUCAAAGAGCUUUCAGGGACUCUCACCAGUAUUAAACACGAACAGGAUUACAUGCAUGUUCGAGAUCGAAUCCAUCGUUCAAUUAAUGAAAGCACAAAUUCCCGUGUUGUAAUGUGGUCUGUGUUCGAGGCUCUUGUACUCUUGGCGAUGACCGUCGGUCAGGUGUAUUACUUGAAACGCUUCUUCGAAGUUAAGCGUGUUGUGUGAGAAUAGUGAUGCAAUAAUAAGACUACUUAUCUGUGUGUUAA